UGAACUGCUGCCAAACCCUACCUCGGAGUUAACAUUCGUGAGUAAGGAAGAUGCAGAAGGUGAAAGCUUUCCCGGACGUCUGGCCCGGAUCUGGACACUUGGUCAGAUUUAACUCCUCAAUCAACACUCUAUCCAGUCAAAGGCAGAGGCGAAUGCAAUGAAACUCCGGCUACUUUGCUGCAAUGACUUGCUUCUCUGCAACAGUAGCGCAGUCAACAGCAGCCUGGACAGCGACGGGAGUUUCAGCACCACGGCCAGCGACCAGGGUGGCGAGGAUGAGCUCCUGCUGCCCACUUUCUCCACAGCCUCCAAGGUCAGAGUCGUCAUCACCCUGACCAUCUUCUUGAUCUCCUCCUACCUCAAUUUGACUGUGUUAUGCGACGCCCUGAGGAGGAGAGGGACGGCCAGAUCCCACAUCAGGACACUGAUUGUGAACCUGUCGUGCGCUGACCUGCUGGUCACCUUCAUUGUGAUGCCCCUGGACGCCGCCUGGAACAUCACAGUGCAAUGGUACGCCGGGGACCCCGCCUGCAAACUCCUCAUGUUCCUCAAGCUCCUUUCCAUGUACUCGUGCGCCUUCAUCACUGUCGUAAUCAGUCUCGAUCGUUACUGUGCCAUUCUGCACCCUCUGGGCAUUAGCAGAGCCAACGAGAGGAACCGAAUCAUGCUCAUCUGGGCCUGGAUCAUGAGUGUCAUUUUGGCUACCCCUCAGCUAUUCCUCUUUCACUCUGUCUCUAUCGCUGUACCAGCUCCAUUUACUCAAUGUGUGACUCAUGGCAGCUUCAAGGAGUCUUGGCAGGAAAAAGUUUACUUUCUCUUCACGUUCCUCUGGUUGUUCCUUCUGCCGCUUCUAAUCAUGGUAUUUUGCUACACAAGCAUAAUAGUCACCAUUACAAGGAAGAUGGCAGUAAAUGCAGAUGUAUUCUCUAAAGAUGCAGAUUCAAGAUGUAGUAAGAACUACAUUCCGAAAGUGCGAAUGAAAACCUUAAAGAUGACUAUUGUCCUUGUGAGCACCUUCAUCAUAUACUGGACCCCAUACUAUGUCUUGGGAUUUUGGUACAAUUUUUUUCCAGCCAUGAUAAACAAGAAAGAAAUCCCUGAAUCAAUUAACCAUGCCCUAUUCACUUUUGGGAUGCUGAACAGUUUGGUGGAUCCAUUGGUUUGUCGUAUUGGUUAUCUUAGGCUGACAAAUAGCUGAUGCAGUGGGCAACAUGGUCAAGCCUGUAUUAAGCAUGGUCAGAAUAAAAGAAAGACAGUUGUCUUACAAUGCCCUGAAAACCUUUUGACCAAUUAAUUGUGAAAUUCAGCACGUAGCUUCGUUACUUGGUCCCAUAUUUUCCAAAAAUGGUUUUAUUUCUCAGCAGACUGCAGAGAAAUAAAUGGCAAAUUAAUAGGCUUGUGAAAGCAAUGUGCAGCAGCUGAAUGUAGUUAAAACAGCUGUUAAAUGUCAGACAAUGUGUGUAAAUUUCUGGGUCAAUGGAUGAUACACGAGAAUUUUUACUUAUUGGUCUUUCUGAUGAAGGAGUUUCUUUUUCAGUUUUCUGAUAAAUAGUUCAGUUGCUACACUCCUGUGUUCUCAGCUAGAACAAACAUUUUUCAGCUCAGACACUUCUGGAUUAGCACCGUACCCAAUGAAAAGUGCUUACUUGCAUGUUGACUCAAAUAACUGCUUCUGGAUGCAUACAGACUGCCUCUGAAAAAUUAAUGAGUGAAGUGGCAUUUGGUGCAGAUACACUUGCAAUAAAGAUUCAUGGAGAAAGGAAUUAGUGGCUGAAUUGAAGGUUUUACUUACUUUAUCAGAGAUAUAUGAAAGUCAGUGUUCCUUUAAAGGCUGAUUAUAUUUUUAGAUUAAAGAAAUUGAGACCAUCCAGCCUCACCACUGUUAAAGCCCACAGGCGCUAACUAUAUGUACUAAGUAGUGACCGUCUCUCAGAGGAUUGAUAAUGGUUGGAAUUCUCUACCCUGGAGACUGAUUAAGCUUGGGUCAUUAAAUUGACGGCUGAGUUAGAUAGAUUUUUGAUCCACAAGGGAAUCAACAAUAAUGGUGGGGGGCAAGGGAAACGGAUUUAAGGCCAUAAUCAGAUCAAUUAUUAUUUUGUUGAAUGCAGGCGAGCCACAAAGGACCAUACAACUUACUCCUGCACCAACUUCUAUGUACUUGUAUUUGUAGAAGAAAUUAUCUGUUCCAAAAACACAAAAUAGAACAAGUAAACGUUGGAAUCCAGUGUUAAUUAACAGGUAAUAUUAUAAGUAUCUAUACAUCCAUAUAAGUGCAUAAGUACACAUUUACACACCUAAAUAUAAACAAUUUUAUAUACCUAUUAGAUGCUGUCUAUUAUUACAAAACAAUAUUUUACUAUGAAUAUCUAUGAGAAAUGUGCUAGUUAUUGUUUAAAUAUUAGUGUUUACAGACAAAGGGUUCUAAAUUUAUGUUAGACUUGCAUAUCUAACCUAAACAGAACAUAAGGCCCCAGAUCCUAUCUACAUUCUGUGCAGAAUUAGCUCAGGGAAAAACAUUCAAACAUAUUCCAUCACUCAAUUGGAUUAUGCUAAAAUUGAUGAUGGGAACAUAGGAACACAAGUAAACCAUGAAGCCCCUUGAGCUUUUUCAACCAUUCAUUCAGUCAUGCUGCUUUGCAAUUUAACUACAGUUAUUCAUCUUAGUGCCAAAUCAAUAAUAGUCCAUUUGCCUAACAAAAAAAAAGUCUCAGUUUUCACAGUUACAAUUGAUUCGUGUCUUGCAAAUUUUUGGUCAAAAAUGCUCCAGCUUUCCAUUACCUUUUUCUAUGAAGGACUCUUCCUGAUAUUAUUCCUGAAUAGAACCUAAUUUGAAUAUUACUGCUCCUUUUUCUGGAUUGUUUCACUGGAGGAAAUAAUCGUUCCCUGCAAAAUCCUUCAAUUACGAUAAAUGCUUCAAUAUAUCACCGUCAACAUUUCUUUUUAUAGAUGCACCAUAGAAUGCAUCCCAUCUAUCCUAUCCUGUAUGGCAACUACUUUGCCCAAUACCAUAAGAAGCUACAGAGAACACAACCCAGUCCAUCAUGCAAACCAGCCUUCCUUCUAUUGGCACCAUCUAUACUUCCCAUUACCUCAAGAAAGCAAUUCUACAUUCAAUUCUGGUCUCCUUGUGAUAGAAAGGAUGUUAUUAAACGUGAGAGGGUUCAGGAAAUAUUUACAAGGAUGUUUGGAGGGCUUGAACUAUAGGGAGAGACUGAAUAGGCUGGGGCAAUUUUCUCUGGGGCAUCAGAGGUUGAGCGGUGAGGUUUAUGAAAUCAUGAGAGGCAUGGAUAUAGUAAAUAGGCAAGGUCUUUUCCCUGGUGUGUGGCUGUCCAAAACUAGAGAACAUAGGCUUCAGGUAAGAGGGUAAAGAUUUAAAAGGGGCCUAAGGGGCAACUUUUUCAUGCAGCUGGCAGUGCAUGUAUGGAAUGAGCUGCCAGAGGAACUGGUGGAGGCUGGUACAAUUACAACAUUUCAGAGGCAUCUGGAUGGGUAUAUAAAUAGGAAGAGUAGAAGGAGAUAUGGGCCAAAUGCUGUCAAAUGAGACUUGAUUAUUUUAGGAUAUCUGGUCGGUAUGGACAAGUUAGACUGAAGGGUCUGUUUCCAUGCUGUACAUCUCCAUGACUCUAUCACUCUAUAACAGAAUCAAAAGCACUUCCUGUCCCAAUUGUAAUCUCUUCCACCCUCUUCUGUCAGGCAGAAGCUGUAAAAGUUUGAAUACAUGUAUGAACAGAUUCUUCCCUGCUGAUAUUAAACUUUUGAAUGAACCUCUCAAAUGUUAAUUAUGAUCUCUCUUUCUGCACCUUCUCUGCAGCUGUAACACUGUAUUCUGCACUCUGUUCUGCUGCCCUGAGGCACUUUGUACCUGCUCAUACAGGAUGUAAAACAACCACUUUUCACUGUAUCUCAAUAACUGUGACAACAAUAAAUGAAUUAGUCAAUCAAUGUUCAAUUAUCAAAGGAAGACAAACCUGAGUUAUGUAGAUUGUCCUUAUAAUUAAACCCCAUUAAAUACUGGUAUAAUUGGUGAAUCUACACUGCAUUACUUCAGAAACCAAAUAUAUCUUUCCUGAGAAAAGGUUAAGGGAGAUAUGCGUGGAAAGUUCCUAACGCAGAGGGUGGUGGGUGCCUGGAACAUGCUGCCAGCAGAGGUAGUAGAGGCAGACGUGAUAGCAUCAUUUAAGAUGUAUCUAGACAGAUACAUGAACAGGCAGGGAGCAGAGGGAUACGGAUCCUUGGAAAAUAGAUGACAGGUUUAGACAGAGGAUCUGGAUUGGCAUAGGCUUGGUGGGCCGAAGGGCCUGUUCCUGUGCCAUAACUUUCUUUUCUUUAUUGUCUAAGCAGGGGCUAAUCAGAGCUUUAUAUAACAGUACUGUAACUUCUAUCCCCAUGUAUUCCAGUCUUAAAAAAAGCCACUAACUUUAAGUUAUGCUUGGAAGAUGAACUGUGUUUACUUCUUCACAGAUUGUAUCCUCUCAGGAAACAGAGCUGCCUUGUUGUUGGAAAGGUUGAUUUUUUCUUUUACUUAUUGCUAAUGAUCUUUGUCUUUGGCAAUAGUGAUGGGCUUUCCACGCUAAAGCAGUUUUCCACAACUUAGGAGGUUUGUUCAUGGGUAAGCUCGCUGACAUACAACAGAAGUCACCUCUAGCUUAGACUGGACUGCAAGUUUCUUCCCUAAGCGAAACUGUUUGGUUUUCACUCUGACAUCUUCAUGAUUUUUUAUUUCCAGAUUUGGUUAACUGCUUUAAUGAUCAAACUGCCAUAAGUCGUAUUCAGAGUCAUGCUGUACACAUUCAUAGACUUAAGGAUUAUCAGUGCAGCCCACUACUCUAAACAUCCAUCAUGGGAGAUUGUUAAUUUUUUGCAACACUUAGGAAUUCAACAAAUGCAUAAUAAGAAUAACAGACAACUUUCUACUUUCUUAAAUAAUACUUUUUUGAAGUUUAACAGAAAUUGGCUUAUAUUAGCAUUUAUUUUCAAAGUCUCCCCAUCCAAUUCUCUGUCCUCCUGAACUCACUAGGAACCACUAACACCAACAAUUAUUUGCUACUUGGAUUGAAUGACAAACAUAUAAUAGUAGUUUGCUGUGACAAAUUUUUAAUGAGACAAGGACAAUAAUAUACCAGUCCAUGUUUCCAUUGUUUUAUAAAUUGGAAGAAAUGUCCAUCUUCUAUCUAAGUUUUAAUUCAAUAGUUUCAAGGAUUUUGAUGGACCCAGCCACCUCUGAUGAUUCUAAGGUACAGGUGAUCCCCUGUCUGUGCCAAGUAUAUUCACAAUCCAUAAACUUGAUUGUGGAAGCAUGACCAAACUUGAAGAUAUUCACUUACCUAAGCAGCAUAUUUGUCUCACUAGUUUCAUCUGUUGUAUAUAUGAAAGUCCAAGUAGCCACAUUGGAAUUUGAAGUUUUAGCAAUAAUGAAGAGAUGGCUCAAAAAAAGGGACAGGACUGGACCAUAAACAUUCCUGGACCUAAGAUGUUCAAUAAAUAUAAGGAUGGGAAGCAAGGAUGAGAGGUAACAGUAUGGACCAGGGAGAAUAUUACAGUCCUGGAUAGAAAACAUUUCCUAAAAUAGUCAAGGACAGAAUCUAAUAAAGUGUGAAGCUGGAUGAACACAG